AUGGAUAUGAAAAAUACUUUUCUCAAUGGUGACUUAAAACAGAGAGUCUACAUGAAACCUCUUCCGAGAUAUUCUUGUUCUUCUAACAAAGUAAGUCUUCUUUGCAAGAUACUGUAUGGUGUUAAGCAAGCUCCUCGAGAAUGGUUUGAAAAGUUCAUGAAUACUAUCUACAACCUCGGUUUCACUUGCAGUCCUCAUGAGAAUGCUCUUUUCAUUUGCAAGACUGACAGGGGUGUUUUGCUCCUACUAUUAUAUGUUGAUGACAUGAUCAUUAAUAGUAAUGAUGUUGAUGGCAUAAGUGAUCUCAAAGCAAGUCUUCACCAUCACUUUGAGAUGAAAGACCUUGGAUCUCUUAGUUAUUUUCUUGAUCUUGAUGUUAUCUCGUUAAAAGAUGGCAUCUAUCUUUCUCAAGCAAAGUAUGCAUUUGAUCUUCUUGCUCGGGUUAGGAUUACUGAUAGUCGCACAAAAUCUACUCCGCUUGAGCUUAAUGCUCGCUUCACUUAUAUGGAUGGCACUGCUUUGGAUAAUCCUACUAUUGAUACACAAUUGGUUGGUGGUUUUGUCUAUCUAACUAUUACUCGAGUGGAUAUUGCUUAUCAUGUUCAUGUUGUUAGCCAAUUCUUAUCAGCACCCCACAUUACUCAUUAUGCUACUAUUUUUCAGAUUCCUUGCUACAUCAAAGGUACUAUGUUUCAAGGUCUUCAUUUUUUUGUACAAUCUUCAUUAAUCCUUCAAGAAUAUUAUAAUGCUGAUUGGGUUAGUGUUCUGAGGGUUACCUGA